AUGACGCGAAGCCGAUCGGUGCACCGGCAUCAGCCCGCCGCACCUGGCAAGACGGCGGACGACGAGACGAAGCUCGAGUUCGAUGCCCUUGUGGCAUCCAUCAUGUCGUGGUUCAAGGAGCGACACGAGAAGGUGCCAGUCCACGCCUUUGCUGCGCUGGCCGUGCGCGAACGGCAAGGCCCAGCGUCCAAGUGGCCGGCGAAGGAGCAGAUCGCGUUCGCAGCGCUCCAGGCGCUUGACAAGGACGACGACGAUGGCACAUGGUCGCUGCUCCGGACCUUCUCGGGUGACGGCGACGAGAAGGUGUUCAGCAACUCGCUCAAGGAGAAGGCCGCUGCGACUGCCGAGAAGAAGCGCCGCUCCGACGACCAAGCGACACCGCACAAAGGGGCCAAAAAAGCCAAGCCCGCGGCCGCCGCCACGUCGCCACCCGCCACCAACGAGGCGGUGCUCUCGCUCCAGCGCUUCGUUGCGAUGGAGCUCCGAUUGGUCGCUGCCAUUGACAACAAGGUGACGGCGGCCAUGAGCGAGCUUCAAGACAAGGUGCUCGCCGCGAUGCACCAGCAAGGCGCCCAGUUGCACCAGCAAGGCGCCGCGAUCAACGCCAGCGUCGACAAGCUGUGUUCGACGCUGCCGAACGAAUUCCGCAGCUUGCGCCAAGGCCAACUUUCGCUCGCCGAGCAUGUGACGACGGAGCGCGUCGCGAUGGCCGCGACAAUGCAAAUGGGACGUGUGAUAAGGAGAUCCAAGAACCGAUUAUUUCGGCGUCCGACGUCCGGCUCACAGAAGCAAUGCUCGAUGCUCGACGGCAAGCCGGCGCCCAAGGCGUUUCGGGGCGCGGUGUACGUGUACAUCAUGGACCGCUUUGUCAAGAAGCCGAUUCUGCAAUUCGAGGGCCAUCUCGAGCAUCUUGGGAAGGGCGCCAGCGUUAUCCAGCUGGACAUGGUCUCGACCGAGUCCCGUGAAGGUCACCGCCGUCGCAAGGCGCUCAUGACGGCCACCGUCCGCAACUACGUCCACCUCGCGCACAUUAACUUCCGAUAAUCGCGGUAUAUGUAUGUUUAUGAUGAGUC